CCUGCAGAGAAACACAAAGUUCACACGCGAGCGGCUUUUGUUGACAUUUUUUUCUCUCCCACUCACACUUGACUCGAGUUUGAGAGGGAGAACUUUCUUUUUCUUUUUGUUUUUCUUUUUUUUUGUUUUUCUCCCCUCCUUCCCCCUUCUCUCCUUCCCUUCACUACGUUGCUGCACACCGCCGACCGGCUCUUCCCACCCCCCUCCCCAACUCUUGUUGUUAUUAUUACUACUACUAAUUAUCACCACCACUGUGGCCGCUCCUGACGGCGAGGCAAGCAUGCUCCUCAAGCUGCUCUCCCUGCUGCUGGCUGCCGAGCUGCACCUCGCUCUGGCCCAGCCGCCGGCACCUGCCGACGACGGAGCGCCGCCGCCCCCCGCCGCCGCCGCCCCGCCGCCGCCCCGGCCCCGGCCCCGGCCCCGGCCCGGCCCUCCCCCCGGGCCGCCCCGCCGCCCCCCGCCGCCCCGCGGGGCCAGCGGCGUCGUGCGGCGCCUCGACCCGACCUACGCGGGGGGCGGCAAGGCGGGCUACGUCCUCUACGCCGGCGGCCACCGCUUCCUCCUCGACCUGGAGCGCGACGAGGCGGUGGGGGCGCGGGCGCCGCGGGCCGGCGGGCCGCCGCGCUGCUACUACCGCGGCACGGUGGACGGCAGCCCGCGCUCCCUGGCCGUCUUCAACCUCUGCGGCGGCCUCGACGGCUUCUUCGCCGUGGGCCGCUCCCGCUACACCGUCAGGCCGGCGCGGCGCGGCGGGGAGGCGGCCGGCCCGCGGAUCUACGGGGAGGGCCCGGCCCGCGCCCCGCACCUCUUCCGCAGGGACCGCUUCAGCUUCGAGACGGUGCCGGCCCGCACCAGCUGCGAGACCCGCGACCCGGCCGGGGCGGCGGCCGGGGACGGCCGGCGGCGGCGGCGGCGGCGUCGCUCCGUCUCCCGGGCCCGGCAGGUGGAGCUGCUGCUGGUGGCCGACGCCUCCAUGGUCCGCAAGUACGGGAAGGGACUGCAGCACUACCUGCUCACCUUGGCCUCCAUCGCCUCCCGGCUCUACGCCCACGCCAGCCUGGAGAACCACGUGCGGCUGGCCGUGGUGAAGGUGGUGGCCCUGGGGGAGAAGGAGAAAGGGCUGGAGGUCAACAGGAACGCCGCCACCACCCUCAAGAACUUCUGCAAGUGGCAGCACCAGCACAACCGCCUCGACGAUGACCACGAUGAGCACUACGACGCUGCCAUCCUCUUCACCCGCGAGGAUUUAUGUGGGCAUCAUUCAUGUGAUACUCUGGGAAUGGCAGACGUUGGGACCAUAUGCUCUCCUGAGCGCAGCUGUGCAGUGAUUGAAGAUGACGGCCUCCAUGCAGCUUUUACAGUGGCUCACGAAAUUGGGCACUUGCUUGGGCUUUCCCAUGAUGACUCCAAAUUUUGUGAGGAGAACUUUGGCUCCAUGGAAGAUAAGCGCCUGAUGUCCUCCAUUCUGACUAGCAUCGAUGCUUCAAAACCCUGGUCCAAAUGCACUUCAGCAACUAUAACAGAAUUUUUCGAUGAUGGUCAUGGUAACUGUUUGCUGGACCAGCCGAGAAAGCAGAUCCUGGGCCCCGAGGAGCUUCCGGGACAAACCUACGAUGCCAUUCGUCAGUGCAAACUGGCGUUUGGACCUGAAUACACAGUGUGUCCCGGUAUGGAUGUGUGCUCUCGCCUCUGGUGUGCAGUUGUGCGCCAAGGUCAGAUGGUUUGUCUGACUAAGAAGCUGCCUGCUGUGGAGGGAACACCAUGUGGGAAAGGGAGGAUCUGCCUCCAGGGAAAAUGCGUUGACAAAACCAAGAAGAAAUACUACUCAGCUUCAAGCCAUGGUAACUGGGGGUCCUGGGGUCCUUGGGGACAGUGCUCCCGCACCUGUGGUGGAGGAGUGCAGUUUGCUUAUCGUCACUGCAAUAACCCAGCUCCUAGAAACAACGGCCGGUACUGCACCGGCAAGAGGGCCAUCUACCGCUCCUGCAAUGUCGCACCCUGCCCAGCAAACGCUAAAUCUUUUCGACAAGAGCAGUGUGAAGCAAGGAAUGGCUAUCAGUCUGAUGCAAAGGGUGUCAAGACAUUUGUUGAAUGGGUCCCCAAGUAUGCUGGAGUACUUCCUGGAGAUGUUUGCAAGCUCACCUGCCGAGCCAAAGGAACUGGCUAUUACGUGGUAUUUUCACAGAAGGUAACUGAUGGUACUGAAUGUCGACCGUACAGUAAUUCAGUCUGUGUCCGGGGAAAGUGCAUCCGAACUGGUUGCGAUGGCAUCAUUGGUUCAAAGCUCCAGUAUGACAAAUGUGGGGUGUGUGGAGGAGACAAUUCCAGCUGCACAAAAGUCAUGGGAACCUUUACCAAAAAGAGCAAAGGCUACACAGAUGUAGUGAAAAUCCCAGAAGGGGCAACCCACAUCAAAGUUCGGCAGUUCAAGACUAAGGACCAGAGCAGGUUCACUGCCUACCUGGCCCUGAAAAAGAAAAACGGUGAGUACCUUGUCAAUGGAAAAUAUAUGAUCUCCACUUCAGAAACAAUCAUUGACAUCAAUGGGACUGUCAUGAACUACAGCGGCUGGAGUCACAAAGAUGAUUUCUUGCACGCAAUGGGACACUCUGCCACAAAAGAGGUUCUUAUUGUGCAGAUACUUGCGACUGAUCCAACUCAACCAGUGGAUGUCCGCUAUAGUUUCUUCGUGCCAAAGAAGCAAGGGCAAAUGACUAACUCUGUCACCAGCAGUGGCAGCAGCAGCAGCAGCAAAGUAACUCCACAGCUCAUGCAACCCCGCUGGGUUACGGGGCCGUGGCUUUCUUGUUCUCGAACGUGUGACACAGGAUGGCACACCAGGACUGUCCAGUGCAAAGACGGGCAUGGAAAAUUAGCUAAGGGAUGUCUUCUCUCUCAGAGACCAUCAGCAUUUAAACAGUGCUUGUUGAAAAAGUGUUAACCUGUGGUUGUGAUCUUCUUUAAAAGAGGUCGAAUAAGCCAUUGUUGACAUACUGGUAUUAGGUCUCCCCAGACAGAGAGAAGCAAAGGCUUCAAUGUACUUACAUACAGUCUCAAAUUAUGGGCAGAAUCUGCCUAUUUGGACCAAAUGAAGAUGUGCACUGCUUUAAAUAAUAGUAGGGUGAUCUUAAUAUGUCAAAAAACUAAGCAUUAAAGUUGUUAUCAGCCCUCUGUGUCUGCAAAAAUAUAAAAUAAAAUAAUGCAAAAGAAGAAAAACUAGUGAAUGGAGGAUCCUGGGAUAUUUGAAGGUUACAGAAUCAUCUCCCCUUUUUCACCUACCUCUAAUACAGUAUGUCCUUAGAAAACGUCACGUGUAUCCAUGAUACCACAGUAGCUUAUUUUAUACUGUUUUGUAAAUAUCUUUCAUUUGAUAUGUCACUUUAUAUCACUCGGUUCUGUUAAAAAAUCAAAAGACAAACUACGUAAGCAAAGUGAUCGACCAAAGUAUAUCUGCAGCCCUUGUGGACUUGGUCCAUUCUUCAGAAAGGGCCGCAGAUGUUUUACUGGAAAAUGAAGAGCUUGCUGCUGGUUUUAAAAAGUAAUACCUUUUGGUUUUGACAAAAGGAAACACAUUUUCAUGCUAGGAAUUUCCUGACAGCAGAUCAUUAUUCUAUGACAAAUACUGUGUUUCCACCAAGACUUCUCAGAAGGAGCAUUGCAGCAGCUUGCAGACCAAGGAUCCCCACAUGUACAUUGCUCAAAUACCAGCACCAUCGGCAACUCCUCAACAUGUGUAUGUCAGACACACACAGAAGGAGGAUUUGGCUGCUAGGAGGAAUUUGUGUACACUUUGCUUGUAAACCUUCCACAAUUUCCAGCUGUGUCACAGCUUGGGGUCCUUGUUUUUGAUGAACAAUAGCUGCUAGCUUCUUCCUUCCAUAAAAUAAAGGCAUACUGUAUUUUGUAGAAACUAGUUAGAGAACCAAAAAUUACAGGUAAGAUAAUCAAGUGUCUUCUAACUCAGAUAUUCUGAGGCUGUGUACAACUGCUUUCUCUGUUAUUUUCUCUAUAGCUUCCACCUUGAAUCUAACAAUGUGUAAUGUACCUACAUCUUUUGAAGAGGCUAUAAAGGUCAAAAAAACACAGCAAGCAGUUAAUAUUUUAUCACUGUUUUGUCCGUCAUGCCUAACUCUGGUAUUCAUCUUACCAGCAAAAGUUUGUAACUAUUUGUCUUUUUUGGUUGUUUUGUGUGUGUUUUGGGAUUUUUUUAAAGCUACAGAAGGCAUUCAUGUUUUGUAUAUCUACCACAUUUGGGAGGAAGAGGGGUCACUAGGAAGUCAAACCACAUCAGGAUGUGGAGGACUUGCCCAAUAUCAAUAAGACUGUUUCCACAGUACAGGCAGUAGCUGGUAAUAGUUUUCAUUGGCAGCAACUUCUGAAUCCCGUUGUUGUCUGGUAGAAGUUCUGUGACCGAGGAUGGGCAUUUCACGUUAUGCAGGUAACAGGUGGAGGCCUAAUAGCAACCCUGUUAAAAUUGCUUCCUUUCAUAUCAGCAAACUUUGAAUUAAGCCCUAGGAAAACAGGUACCAAAAGAAAUGGUUAAAAUACACUGAUGAAAAUAGAAUCCCAGCUGUCUUUUAUUCCCUCGUUCAUCCACACAGGAGAGUAUGAGACUGCAGGAGGAUUUUCAGACAAGCCUUACAGUUAUAAGUCAGUGGUAUUCAAGCACUGAAAUACCCCAGGGUCUUCUGAAAAUCCCAAUGAUGAUGAAAUCAGUAGAGAAAACUUGUUGGCAUGUGUUGCAAGAAGGGCAGGUCUCACUCCAGGCUGACACAAACAUGUUUUUGCAACUGUGGCAUGUUUGUGUGUACUCUUAGAAAGCAUGUGAUGAUUUCAAAACAGCAUAGAAUUGCUACAUCUACAAGUGUGAAACCUGGAGAAGUACCUGUUUUUGUACCCUGUUCUAAAUAAACAGUAAGAGGGGCAGGGCCUCCUCCUCUGUCAAAAUGUAUUACCAAUGAAUGUUACUAGUCAUCUUCAGCUUUCAAAAAUGGUGUGGCCUUCUUAUUAGGAGUAGUCCUAUGCAAAACUGCGGAUCUUGAGGAAAAUUCCCCACUUAAUCUGUGAUCCCACUCUAAGAACUGAGAUCAAGGCUCUGAAUAUUUGCAGAAUUCUGGAAAGUUACAAUUUAUGCCUUCUCUGCCUAUUAACAUAAGAUCACUUUGAAGUGUCUUAAUUUUUAUACUUAUAUAUGUAUUGCAGGUGUUCUAGAACCUCUCAAAAAAGUUCAUAACAUAGAACACAUCAUGAGAGGAAAAAUAAGGAGACUUAACAUUUGUCUCAGCAUACAGUUGCUGUAUUAAGUGGCAUUUGUUUUUCCUGUGUUUUGUCAUGAUAGAGACAGAAUGUGUGAGUAUUUGUGUUUGCAUCGUAGUAAUAAUUUAUUAUAUAUUCAGCAGGAUGAGUAAGGCUUUUGGAUGCUAUUCAGGCUCCAGAAGAGCAAUACAUACGCGGGUAUAAAUUUAAAGCUUCCUUAGAUCAAGAGUAUCUUUUUCAUAGAAAAAGUUUAUUUAUAAAAAGUAAAUAAAUAUGAGAACAAACCACUAUAGUGAUUUUUCCCUUUUCACUAGCGCAGUAAUGGAGCAAAUUAACAUGUGAAAAAAGCAGUUGCCUUUAUAUGGUGAGAGAGCAAAGGGGACAGACCAAGGAAGCAACCCUGAAGGUGUAAGAUAAACUAGGUCAGCCUGCUCUAGUUAACACUUGCUUUUUAGCUGCUUUUUGUAAUCAGACUCCAAUUGCAAACCUUGCUUUUGUCAGUCGUAGCUAUUUCAUGUAGCUGCUGAAUGAAAAGUUGGUGCAAGGUAUGUGACUGCAUCAUUUCAACUUCUGUUCUCAACUAAAUUCCUUGUCUCUCACACUGUUAUGUCAUUGUUUACAUUACCACCAAUCGUUGGCAAACAGGAUUCAUAAAAUGCAUCUAGGGGAUAGAAACCUGGAGUAUUGCUCUUUCGACAGAAAUCAGCAAUCCUCAGUGUUAAAUUCACUGAUGACUUUUUGGGACACAUCUCCAGUGCCAUUAGGUGGAGUUGCACCCCUAAGCGUUAGUGGUUUUUAGAGCAUCUGCUUCUCAAAUAAGACAGUCUCACUAGGAAAAAGCCUGUCAUCAUUGGUUUGACUGUGUACAAGAAAUUAAAUUUAGCUGCCCUCCUGUGGAAACAGUUUUAUCACAAGAGGGAGAGGGAAUAAUCUUGUGGAUUAAUCACAAUGGUAAAAAAAAAAAAAAAGCAACACAGCACUGAAAAAAUAAAAUAAUUUAUUGUUUUUACAACUGGUAUGUGAACGGAUGUAAUGAAUUUAUUUAUUCUUAUUUAACAAAAAUACCAAUUGUGCAAAUUCUAUAUUUAAAAUGUUUUGCUAUCGUCUCUGUCUCUCUCUUUCUCGCUCUCUUAAUUUAUGCUUCAAAUUUAUGUUGAAAAUACGCCUUGUGAGUUUACAUAAUGUAUGGCACUGGUUAUUUUUUGUAUGUUUUUAUUUAGAAAGCUUUCUGCAUGAAACAGGAGUAUAUGUGUAUACAUGUGUGCACACUGUAUAGAUGUAUAUUCUUUUUCUGCUACUAUCUUUUUCUUAGAGAAGUUGUUGAUUUUUAAUUUUGUGACACCUCAUGCUCAAAGCUCCUUGUUAUGCUUUACUUCUAAAAAUCUCUCAACUAGCAAGUCAUAAAGGUCUCUGGACCAAAAAAAACCCAUACCAGCUCCUAAAGAAUUCAGACAACAGACUCGCUUUGCACAGGUGCAUGCAGUUCAUGCUGCAUGCCUCAAUGAUUUACCACCAAAGCUGGUAGGAGUCUUACCCUUUGCUUCAAUGGGAGCAAGUUCAGGCUUCUAGUAAAUGGGAGUCCUCUCUAUGCAAAUGAAGUUUCUCUGAGUUGUCAGGGUGGCAAGUGAGUCUUCUGUCAUGCAGUUUCUUGUGUUUAGGUGAAAUCGCUACAAAGAAACUCUUGUGUGCCUCUUUAAAACAUAGCUGAAACAAUGUAUGAUUUAGUUUAUGAAGACUGAAACAUUAAAAAAGCUACUUUUUCAGUCUUUCCACCAUUUAUAUACAUAUAUAAAUAUGUAUAUAUGGCUAUAAAAAGUCAAAAGCCCAAUUUGGAAGGCUUUGCAAUAUUUUACUUCAUUGUAUUUUAGCUCUUUGCACCACAUCAGGCAAAAUUAGACACAGAAAAGACAGCAAAGCAUGCGUUCCCAGUGUUUCCUUGAAAAUAACAAUACCUGUUUGCUUCUGCUUUUCAUCCAGUCCAACUACUGCUGAAUUCAAGGCAACUUGUAUUGGGCCCAGUGUAAGGAAAAAAACGCAAUAUAGACAAACCUACAACUUUUCUACAGUCAGUUUAUUUAACAAUACAGAUUACUUCUGUACACUUCACCAUAAGGGCAGUACUACAGACCACAAAUAAUCUAUUUCCAACUGUUGAAAGUUAUGUUGCCUAUCAGGGCCCACAUUCACAGAAGUUAAAUUCCAGCUCAGCCUCUCUGCUCAGUGCUUGCUGCCAUCCAGGCACUCCUGAAGACCCAGAGCCAGCCACAAGGCUUUAGAUGAAAUUGUGAUGGCCAGUGGGUGAUGUUUGCUCACUUAAGACCCACUCCAAAAUGCCAGGAAAUUGCUAUAAGCCUUGACUUUGACAAUCUUUAGGGCAGGCUUUAUACAGGAUUUGUAAGGAUGAAGCAUUAAUAAUUAUGGGGUUUCAGCAAGGUGUUCAGGUGAGUGUUUCUUUUUCAAGAGGGUUUUUUUACUGUGGGUACACUGCUACUAGCUUGUAUAGUAAAGCUAGUUCAACAUUCUUGUUUCGAAUAACGUUGCAAAUGCAGAUAUUUCUGGUUUAUCAUGUGUACUGGUAAUGACUCUUAAUGUAAGAGAAAUUGUCAGGACCUCAGCUGGCACUACAAAAUGUAGCUUUGGGGUUUAGAAGGUUCUAUUACAAGUGCAAGUUUUCAGUGAUAGCGUACAAAAUUUGAAAUGCCCAAACAUAUUCUUAGUCUUCCAAGUGAGUGGUGUAAGAACUUCUCUCCAGACACACUGUACCAAACAUCUUGAUACUGUCCUGCUGCUCUGCACACUGCAGAGCUGCAGGUCAAAAACAAAACUCACAAUGUCGUUUGCCCUGGAAGUUGUCUGUAGAGGCUCACGGUCACUGUAAGGACACUAAAAUCAUUUCCAUGUACAUCAGCCUUGCAUAGUCCAUGUUGAAACACAUACAUGGACACAUGUAUAACUUCACUGUGGCUAAAUGCAAAUGCAUAUUUUUUGUGUGUGCAUGUGUAUACUUAUGUAUAUAUGAACACAUACUUGUACAUAUAUACACAAAUGAGUAUUUGGGUCUCCAUUACUCCCACUCACAGGGUGAAAUAGUUACACUGAUUUUAGUUAUACCUAUGUAAAUUCAGAGUAACUUCAUUACAUCAUUUGGCUUUGCAGGAGCUGCUUCAGACUUAUACCACUUUAAGUGACAGCAAAAUUUGUCUUUUAAUUUAUAGGAACUGGUUUAUACAAUUUAUCAUAUGAACUGUGAAAUUUUCAGAUAGUUUAUCAUAUGAAACAUACUCAUUGACAGUCAAGCCUAUAUGCAUUGUUAAAACCCCAUCAGAUACAGGAAAUAAUAUAAUGAAUUCAAAUAAGUUGGAGACAGUGUAAUACUCCUGUAUAGCAGUAAAUCCAUUUAAUUUUUAUUGUCAGGUCAUCUGCCUAACAGAUAAAAUAAAAUGAGAGCCAUUGUAGGGAAGACUAACAGGAAAGUGCAGUGUUUGGUUUUGCUUAGUUUAUUUCAUUGUGCCACUUUAUGUCCUCUGUUGGUGUCAGCAUAUUCUGGAAAGUGUCGCUUUGUGCAUUACAGAUAACUCGGCUGAAAUACCAAUACCCUUUGAAAAACCAGGAUGUGUCACAAAAUUUUUUUCAUCCUACUAUGUGUCUAAUUGAAUAGAGUUAACAUUUUUAGAGCACUACUAUGUCAGCCAGUUUACAUCAUAAUGUUAUACGAAAUAUAAAUUCAUUUGAACUGAAUUGUACAAGGUCUACACUGUACUAUGACACAUUGAAGGCCAAUAUUUUGUUUUGUAAACCAUUACAUAUGUAUAAUUUACCAGUUGUAAUCUUAAAACAUUUGAUUCUGUGAUUUCAGUAAAAGUAAUAAAUAUAAACUGUAUCAUAGGUCCAAAA